GUCGUUAUAAAUUGUUACCCAUGUUUCAUAAUCGUAUUCGUUUUUUUGCUGAUAUUCAAGCAGAGUUGUUAAUGGCAUACGCUCAAAGAAUUGAUUCUUCAGUGGAUGCAUUUGAAAAAAGUUUGAGUUACUCUUUUGUAAGAUCUGUUCCAAAUUCUGCAAAUUCGGAUGGAAAAUCACAUACUGGAAUUGAAGAUUUAAAAAGAUUAUGUCGAUGGCUUAAUAGUGCCGGCUUUGUUAGUCGAACAAUUAAAGAAUGGGGUGAAGAUGCUUUUUUCCUUGAACUAUGGCAUGAAGUCACUUUACGUGCAUCUCGUAAUACCAGUACUUCACCCUUGCCAUCACCUACCUCAUCCGAAAGUUCUGAUCAACUACAAGAGACAUCAUCUGUGUAUCAAGAAGAGCAGAUUACCGUUGACGAGGGAACAGUUUUUGAUGAUCCCGCAGGAUCAUUUGAUAGUUCUUGUGAAAAAAUUCAAUCAUUAAUAAUAAAAAAUGUAUCCAAAGGAUUCUUUAAUGGAUUGAAAGCAUAUUGCAGAAAAAAUACUUGGUCACGAUCUGACAUUUACAACAUUGAUCCUACUAUAAUAUCCCACCAACCAUUGUGCAAACAACCAGAGACAACUGCAACUUCAAAAGAUAAUAACGUCAAUAUAGAAAUUGAAUUAUCACCGGAGCUUUAUACACCAUUGUCAGAUUUGGCACAUUCUCUCACGUUUCUAUCCAACCACUUGCCUAUAAGAGUAUUUAAAUCUAUUUUCAAAGAAAUAUCUAAAGAAAUAGAGGAUUAUUUGUGGAAUCGAGUAUUAAUGAGAAAUCAGUUUUCUGAGAUGGGUGGCAGGCAAUUUGAAGUAGAUAUGAUUAAAGGAUUAUUCACAGUUGGAAAAAGAUGGGUUCAGAAACCAGAAAAUUAUUUUAGGAGAUUAAAAGACGUUUGCGUUCUUCUUACUAUACCUUCGUCUCAUCAGACGACAUCCGCUGCUAAACAAAAUAACUCUGCUCAACAAAAAACACUGAGCCAAAUUAUGCGUGUUUUAUUUGAUAAUGAUUUAGAAAUUACCGAAGUACAUAAAGUGCUUGAAAAUUUGAGUAUUUAUCAUCUAUCACCAGAAGAGGCUAGAGAUGUU